GCUGUUUCAAAAUUUAAUUAGUAAAGUUGGGUGCGUAUUUUAAAAUUCUUGAUGAAUAUCGUUCUGGAGAGUAGUAUGAGUUACGUGUAUAUCAAAUAUGGCGGCAGGCUCGGUCGGUAAAGCAGUCGCCCCGGUCCGGUGGGUGCUGCGACACGCAAGCUCCACAGGUAGGUUAAGAUUCACGGUCUGCCGCAUUUGGCUGGGCCGAGCGCUCCCGACGCGGCCCGUGCGCGACAUGCGAAGGAUCUGUGACGUGCAGUGCCUGUGACAAAGUGCCCGUGACCCCAGUGUGUGACAUGCCUCGCAGCCCCUAGCCCGCCACCCUCACGGAUCUUAACGAUCGGACCGGUGAUCACAUGCCGUCGCCAUGGUGAUCGUUACCAGGGGUGACUACAUAUGGAUCGAGCCGGUGUCAGGGCGCGAGUUCGACGUCGCCAUCGGCGCGCGUGUGCUCGCGGCCGAGGGCCGGCGCAUCCGCGUGCGCGACGACGACGGCCAGGAACAAUGGCUGCCGCCGGAGAGGAGGAUCAAGGCCAUGCACGCCACCUCCGUGCAUGGCGUGGAGGACAUGAUCUCGUUGGGAGAUCUGCAUGAAGCGGGGAUAUUGAGGAACUUGCUUAUAAGAUACAACGAGAAUCUCAUUUAUACAUACACGGGGUCAAUAUUAGUAGCAGUGAACCCCUACCAAAUCCUGCCCAUCUACACAGCGGAUCAGAUCAAGUUGUACAAAGAGCGCAAGAUCGGUGAGCUGCCACCGCACAUCUUCGCGAUCGGCGACAAUGCGUACGCGCACAUGCGCAGAUACGGACAGGACCAGUGCAUUGUCAUUAGUGGGGAGUCUGGUGCGGGGAAGACGGAGUCUACGAAGCUAAUUUUGCAGUAUCUAGCUGCUAUCAGUGGGAAGCAUUCUUGGAUUGAACAACAGAUCUUAGAAGCUAACCCAAUUCUAGAAGCAUUCGGUAACGCCAAAACAGUCAGGAACGACAACUCCUCCCGCUUCGGAAAAUACAUCGACAUACAUUUCAACAGCAGCGGGGUCAUUGAGGGCGCCAAAAUAGAGCAAUACCUAUUGGAGAAGUCCAGGAUAGUUUCCCAGGGAAAUGAUGAGAGGAACUAUCACGUGUUCUACUGUUUACUAGCUGGUCUAUCUAAGGAAGAGAAGAAGAAAUUGGAGCUGGGAGAACCAAAGGAAUAUAGAUACCUCUCUAUGGGUGGCAGUUUUACGUGUGAAGGCAGAGACGAUGCCGCCGAAUUCGCUGAUAUACGGUCAGCUAUGAAGGUGUUGCUCUUUACUGAACCAGAAAUAUGGGAAAUUCUGAAACUACUAGCUGCAGUGCUCCACUGUGGAAAUAUCAAAUAUGAAGCAACCGUUGUAGAUAAUUUGGAUGCGACAGAAAUUAUUGAGCAAGCAAACGUAAAAAGAGUUGCUAAUCUUCUAGGAGUGCCCAUGCAGUCUUUAAUUCAGGCACUCACGAGAAAAACACUCUUUGCACACGGAGAGACAGUCGUUUCUACAUUAAGCAAAACCCAAUCAGUGGACAUUAGAGAUGCCUUUGUAAAAGGAAUCUAUGGAAGACUUUUUGUCACCAUCGUAAAGAAAAUUAACGCAGCUAUAUACAAACCCAAAGCCACAACGCGAACUGCUAUUGGUGUUCUAGAUAUAUUUGGAUUCGAGAAUUUCGAUCAAAAUAGCUUUGAACAAUUUUGCAUUAAUUUUGCCAACGAAAAUCUUCAACAAUUUUUUGUGCGGCACAUAUUCAAACUAGAACAAGAAGAAUACAAUCACGAAGGGAUUAACUGGCAGCAUAUAGAAUUCGUCGACAAUCAAGACGCGCUAGAUUUAAUAGCUCUUAAACAAUUGAAUAUUAUGGCUUUAAUAGACGAGGAAUCAAAAUUCCCAAAAGGCACUGACCAAACUAUGUUAGCAAAACUACAUAAAACGCACGGACUGCAUAGGAACUAUUUGAAACCAAAAUCGGAUAUUAAUACAAGUUUCGGGCUCAACCACUUCGCUGGUGUCGUAUUUUAUGACACUAGAGGAUUUUUAGAAAAAAAUCGAGACACGUUCAGUGCUGACCUUUUACAACUCAUUCACGUAUCAACCAAUAAAUUCUUGCAAACUAUUUUCCAAGAUGACAUCGUAAUGGGAUCCGAAACCAGAAAGCGAACUCCGACACUAUCAACGCAGUUUAAGAAGUCGUUGGACUUGCUUAUGAGGACGUUAGGGACGUGCCAGCCAUUCUUCAUUCGGUGUAUAAAGCCAAACGAAUUUAAAAAGCCGAUGUUGUUCGACCGAGGGCUGUGUUGCAGACAACUGAGAUACUCUGGUAUGAUGGAAACGAUAAGGAUUCGAAGAGCUGGAUACCCAAUUCGACACAGUUUCAAAGAGUUCGUGGAAAGAUAUAGAUUCUUAAUAUCUGGAGUUCCACCCGCACACAAAACUGACUGCAGAAUGGCAACAGCGAAGAUCUGCGCAUCUGUUCUCGGCAAAUCAGAUUAUCAACUAGGUCAUACCAAAGUAUUUUUGAAGGACGCCCACGAUUUGUUCUUGGAACAAGAAAGAGAUAGAGUACUUACACGAAAGAUCUUAAUUCUUCAGAGGUCUAUUCGUGGGUGGGUGUACCGACGCCGCUUCCUGAAGAUGAGGGCAGCAGCCGUUCUGAUCCAGCGUCAUUGGCGAGGCAAGUUGCAGAGACUGCGGUACAACAAGAUGAAAGUGGGUUACGCUAGGCUGCAAGCCUUGAUUCGUGCCAGAGUGCUGGCGCACAGGUUCAGGCAUCUUCGAGGCCAUAUUGUGUCUUUGCAGGCAGCAGCUCGCGGCUACCUCGUUCGCCGUUCGUACGGCCACAAGAUGUGGGCGAUCGUGAAGAUCCAGAGCCACGUGCGUCGUCUGAUCGCCAUGCGGCGUUACAAGCGACUGCUCAAGGACGCUCGCGAGCAUACCGAGGCGCUGCGUCUGCGGCGCGUUGAGGAGCAGCGGCUGCAGCACCAGGGCAACACGCGCGCCAAAGAGAUCGCUGAGCAGAAUUAUCGGGAACGCAUGUAUGAGUUGGAACGGCGCGAUGCUGAACUAGCCCUGGAAGAGAAGCGACAGCUGGAAGCAAAGCGGGCGCUCGUGCAGGAGGCGACGAGGAAGCAGGACGAACCGGUGGACGACAGCAAGCUGGUUGAAGCCAUGUUCGACUUCCUGCCAGACUCCAGCAGCGAGGCGCCGGCGCCGAAGGAUACUUCGGUGUUCAGCGACCUGCCGCAACCAAGAGCGGACCAGCAAGAGAUGGUAACACCAAUGCAAACAACAUCAGAAGACGAAGAGGAUCUCUCCGAAUUCAAAUUCCAAAAGUUUGCAGCUACAUAUUUCCAAGGAAAUGUUACUCACCAAUAUUCUAGGAAGCCGCUGAAGCAUCCCUUAUUGCCACUUCACACGCAAGGAGAUCAAUUGGCUGCCCAAGCGUUAUGGAUCACCAUUCUGCGCUUUACGGGUGAUCUCCCAGAACCCAGAUACCACACGAUGGACAGAGACAACACGUCAGUAAUGUCCAAAGUGACCGCGACACUUGGCAGGAACUUUAUCAGGUCCAAAGAGUUCCAGGAGGCACAAAUGAUGGGGGUCGAUCCUGACGCCUACCUUAACAAACAGAAGCCGAGGUCAAUCAGACACAAGUUGGUGUCGCUGACGCUGAAGCGAAAGAACAAGCUUGGCGAAGAUGUUCGACGAAAAUUACAGGAUGAAGAAUAUACGGCAGACAGCUACCAGUCCUGGCUGGAAUCACGUCCUACGUCUAACUUAGAAAAACUUCACUUCAUCAUUGGCCACGGAAUCCUUCGCGCGGAAUUGCGAGAUGAAAUUUACUGCCAAAUAUGCAAACAAUUGACGAAUAAUCCAUCAAAAUCAUCUCACGCAAGGGGCUGGAUCUUACUCUCCUUAUGUGUGGGAUGCUUCGCUCCGAGUGAGAAAUUCGUGAACUAUCUGAGAGCUUUUAUCAGAGAGGGUCCACCCGGAUAUGCACCUUACUGCGAAGAUCGUCUUAAAAGAACGUUUAACAACGGCACACGAAACCAACCGCCUUCGUGGUUGGAACUUCAGGCAACAAAAUCUAAAAAACCUAUAAUGUUGCCAAUUACGUUUAUGGACGGUAACACAAAAACCUUGUUAGCCGACUCCGCAACAACAGCCAGAGAAUUGUGCAAUCAGUUGUCGGAUAAGAUUGGCUUGAAAGACCAGUUUGGUUUUUCUCUCUACAUUGCUCUGUUUGAUAAAGUUAGUUCACUGGGAAGUGGAGGUGACCAUGUGAUGGAUGCGAUUUCGCAAUGCGAGCAAUACGCCAAAGAGCAAGGCGCACAAGAAAGAAAUGCACCAUGGAGAUUGUUCUUUAGGAAAGAAAUCUUCGCACCCUGGCACGACCCCACUGAAGACCAAGUAGCCACGAAUCUCAUUUAUCAACAAGUUGUCAGGGGUGUUAAAUUCGGCGAGUACAGGUGUGACAAAGAAGAAGACUUAGCGAUGAUUGCAGCUCAACAAUAUUACAUUGAGUAUGGCCAAGAUAUGAACACCGAGCGGUUAUACACGUUAUUGCCUAACUAUAUACCGGAUUACUGUCUAACAGGGGUUGAAAAAGCAGUGGACCGAUGGGGUGCUUUAGUAGUGCAGGCUUAUAAGAAAAGUUAUUAUGUGAAAGAGAAAGUUCCUACGUACAGAGUGAAAGAAGACGUUGUUAGUUACGCGAAGUUCAAGUGGCCACUGUUGUUUUCUAGAUUUUAUGAGGCUUACAGAAAUUCUGGACCGAAUUUACCCAAAAAUGAUGUCAUUAUUGCUGUAAAUUGGACAGGUGUGUACGUAGUAGAUGACCAGGAGCAAGUGUUAUUAGAGUUAUCUUUUCCGGAAAUUACCACAGUGGCAAGUCAAAAAACAAAUAAAGUGUUUACGCAGACCUUUAGUUUGUCUACGGUCCGAGGGGAAGAGUUCACAUUCCAAAGUCCGAAUGCUGAAGAUAUUCGGGAUUUAGUGGUGUACUUCUUAGAAGGACUGAAAAAGAGGUCUAAAUUUGUGAUAGCAUUACAAGACUAUAAGGCUCCUGGCGAAGGUUCCAGUUUCUUAACAUUCCAAAAAGGAGAUCUGAUUAUUCUAGAAGAGGACAGCACUGGCGAGUCUGUACUGAACAAUGGUUGGUGUAUCGGCCGGUGUGAGAGGACUGUGGAGCGAGGUGACUUCCCAGCAGAAACAGUUUAUGUGUUGCCUGCUCUGACAAAACCACCACCUGACAUACUAGCACUGUUUUGCAUGGAAGGUGCGUCACAUGGGCGCCGCGUGCCGACCGCGACGCUAAACGGAACUGAAACAAGAGAUAAACCCCACACGUUAAUAGAAUACGCCAUGGACCAUUUCAGAUUGCCACCGAAACGCACAGUCUCCAAAGCACUUACCCUAUCAACAGCGAAGAGAGGAGGCACCGAAGAAUUAUGGCGACAUUCGAGGGAGCCUAUUAAACAACCGUUGUUAAAGAAAUUGCAAGCCAAAGAGGAACUCGCCGAAGAAGCUUGCUUCGCGUUUACCGCUAUCCUAAAGUACAUGGGAGAUUUGCCUUCAAAACGGCCUCGAAUUGGGAAUGAAUAUACUGACCAUAUUUUCGACGGCCCCCUGAAGCAUGAAAUACUACGAGAUGAAAUAUACUGCCAAAUAAUGAAACAAUUGACUGACAAUAGGAACAGAAUGUCCGAAGAAAGGGGUUGGGAAUUGAUGUGGCUCGCCACAGGCUUGUUCGCGUGUAGCCAAGGACUGCUCCGAGAGCUGACACUGUUCCUUAGGACUAGAAGGUAUCCAAUUGCUCAAGACUCACUCCAAAGACUUCAGAAAACUUUAAGAAACGGACAAAGAAAAUAUCCUCCACACCAAGUGGAAGUAGAAGCCAUUCAACAUAAGACUACUCAGAUAUUCCAUAAAGUUUACUUCCCCGACGAUACGGACGAGGCUUUUGAAGUAGACUCGUCAACGCGAGCGAAAGAUUUCUGUCAGAAUAUCGCGCAGAGACUGAAUCUCAGAUCUAGUGAAGGCUUCAGUUUGUUCGUUAAGAUAGCUGAUAAGGUGAUCUCGGUGCCGGAGGGAGAUUUCUUCUUUGACUUCGUGCGACAUCUCACGGACUGGAUCAAAAAAGCGCGCCCUACCCGAGAUGGCAUUACACCACAAUUCACUUAUCAGGUAUUCUUCAUGAAGAAGCUGUGGACGAACACGGUGCCAGGCAAGGACCGUGCGGCGGACGUGAUCUUCCACUUUCACCAGGAGCUGCCAAAGCUGCUGCGCGGCUACCACCGCUGCGGGCGCGAGGAGGCCGCCCGGCUGGCCGCGCUGGCGUACCGCGCCCGUUUCGGGGAAAACAAACAGGAGCUGCAGGCGAUACCACAAAUGCUCCGCGAGUUGAUACCAGCAGACCUAAUAAAGCUGCAAAGCUCUGCCGACUGGAAACGCGCCAUCGUGGCCUCUUACAACCAGGAUGCUGGCAUGACCCCUGAAGACGCCAAGAUCACGUUCCUCAAGGUCAUCUACCGGUGGCCGACCUUCGGCUCCGCGUUCUUCGAGGUCAAGCAGACGACCGAGCCCAAUUAUCCGGAGCUGCUGCUCAUCGCCAUUAACAAGCAUGGCGUCAGUUUGAUUCACCCGCAGUCUAAGGACAUUCUGGUGACACAUCCGUUCACCAGGAUAUCAAAUUGGUCAUCCGGCAACACGUAUUUCCACAUGACCAUAGGCAACCUUGUUCGCGGCUCCAAGCUUCUCUGCGAGACAUCUCUCGGGUACAAGAUGGACGACCUCCUAACGUCAUACAUCUCCCUUAUGCUCACCAACAUGAACAAGCAACGGUCUAUGCGUGUCAAGUGAAACGGGUUUGUUCCACAGAUAAUGCUAAGGCGGGACUGAACUGCUUUCUGAAGCUGCACCUUACUCACAUCCUUUAUUCUGCAGUAAGUCAUUUCAAGGUCAUGAUGGAACGCAACUGUUUGAUUGAACAGGGUAGCAACACAUAACUCUUUUCCACCAUUCUGUCUGACGAUAGCGGCAUCGUUUACCAGAUCAUCACGGAAAGACGUGUGUGGGGUACUUAAUAUUCUAGUGAACGAAUGGUUGUCUAUACUUAAAUGCGUGCGAAUGUCCGGAACUAUUGGUACCCAUUUUAAUUUUUGGAAACUAAAGUUUAUGAACUUUUAUCGGUGCGUGUUUUCUAGUUAGAUGCGUUUAAUUAAAGGAUGUGGAUAUAUAAUGCUUAUAAAUACUGUGUAUGUUGGUACAUAUAAGAAUGUUUUGCAUGGUAAAAUAGUUUUAGGUAUAGUCGUUAGAUUUGUAGCUGGCCCCGAACGGCUUAUCCUUUGUCUAUUGUUAACUAAAACCGCGCGUGCCACUACCUGCAAAAAAAGGGUCCGGUCACUUUAACCGGUUAUUGAAUUCCAACUCCUAUGGAAAUUGAAAUAAGAUUCAAAAUGAACAAAUGGAAAAAUAAUUUGCGUUUUCUUGUGUGAUCCCUCUACGGUUACUGAGUGCCGGCGAGUCGAACGCUACCGAACCAGUCUAAAAUGUGUCCUCAAUAUGCGGAACAAAGGCGCGUUAUCGGAGAGCGCACCUACACUGGUUUUUUGAGCGUUGGACUAGCCCGCGCUCAGGUGCCAAUUAGAAUCAUACGACCCUUUUUUUGCAGGUAGUGGCACGCGCGGUUUUACUUAACAAUAGACAAAAGAUUAGCCGCUCCGGGCCAGCUUCAAAUCCAACAACUAUACAUCACAAUGGUAUUGUGAACUGUUAAACAACUUACGAAUUGGUUAGGUGUAAGGAAAGCGGUAAUUUUUACCGAGAAAUAAAGGUAGUUGCACAAAGUUAAUAACAAUAGCAAUUCAAUUCAUUGAGUAUAGCAAUUAAAUAUGAAACCUUGUCUGGAGGAUUGUAAUUAAGUCGUAUCCGUCCAUAAUUUAUUUUUAUAUUACUGUUUUUCUUGAAAGUUUAGGUUUGUAAGAUAAUACUAUUGAACCCAUAAAAAAAUCAUAUUGUGUUACAUUGUUGUAUUGCCAACGGAGUUUUCUUCAGAUUGAGGGUACUUAUCAACAACUCUGGCAAUAAGGACACUUAUUAUCCAAUUCUUUCAGCAUCUCACAUUUAUUUUAUCAAUAAGCUGUCUUCUCUGAAGAAACUUUAGUAUUUAAUACCAACCUAUCUUACCUAACAUCUAUACAGUUCUUAGAGGAAAAUUAACAAAUUUGUUUUCUAUAUCAUUCGUACUUUGUGUUUACCUUUUUAUGACUGGAAGUCGCGUAAUCAGCUUAAUGUAGCUUUUAGAAAAUAAAGAUCUGUUAUAUCGUAUUUAUAUUGGUUACUUGGUAGGUAAUUUUAGGUAAAUGAAUAAACCCAUAUUACCAAUGUUUGUUAAUCAAAUGCCUUGCUUGACGUAACUGAGAGUUAUUUUAUACAUUUUAUAAUUAAACAAAUUAACCUUUAUUUUAUAUAGAUAUAUGUAUUCCAAAUGAAUUUGUAGGCAAAAUGUAAUUAGUCGGUUAAGUGUCUAAAGUAGCCAUUUCGAAGCUGCACACAUUGCGUAUUGGUCCUUAAAGCCGUUUUUACCACUGGCCCGAGGUCUAAGCUUGCUAACCAAAAAACGACCUUCAUGUUUUAAAUUUAGAAUUCAAUUUUGAUUGUAAUUGCGAGGCGAUAAGGCGUCCGUGGGACUCGAGAGGUUUAAACAAAGGUUACUACGUAUUGUCGGAUUCGAAAUGUCGUUAUAAGUAUUGUGUUAAAUUGUCAAUAUCAUGCCAUGAGUACGAAGACAAUUCUUCUAUUUGUUUAUUCGCUUUAGUCAAAAAUGUUGCAUUUGUGAGUGGUAUAAACAUGAGUCACAAU